AUGCUUCCCGUGGACGCCAGCGGCCCGAAGCCUCGCCGCGUGUCGCUGCCGGUGGCCCCGCCGACCCCACCGCCGAGCCGCCGCCACUUCUCGCUGCACUUGGGCACAAGGCGGCGGCGUUCGGGCCCUGCACCGGAGCGCCGCGUCAACUGCGUCCUGGUUGGAGACGGUGCGGUGGGCAAGAGCAGCCUGGUUAUCAGCUACACCACCAAUGGGUACCCCGCCCGAUACGUGCCCACCGCCUUCGACAACUUCACAGCCGUGGUGGUGGUGGACGGGAUGCCGGUCAGACUGCAGCUGUGUGACAUGGCAGGACAGAAAUGGGGAAUUGGUGAUGGAGCCAUCAACGAUGAGCUGGAGCGUCUCCGGCCACUGUGCUACCGGAACGCAGACGUCUUCCUACUGUGCUACAGCGUGGUCCGACCUGCUUCCUUCCACAACCUGACCCAACGCUGGGUGCCCGAGAUCCGCCGGCACUGUGCUGGCGCACCGCUCAUCCUGGUGGGCACCCAGCUCGACCUCCGCGAGGACGUCCAGGUGCUGAUCCGCCUAGCCCAGAACAACGAGGCCCCGGUGAGCUCGGAGGAGGGCCGGCAAUUAGCGCAGCAGCUCGGUGCCGGUGGCUUCGCCGAGUGCUCCGCGCUGACACAGAAGAACCUCAAGGAGGCCUUUGAUUCGGCAAUCUUGGCGAGCAUCCAGCACAUGCAAGAUGGUGGCGAAGGCGAAAUUAACGGUGGUGACAUCGGCAGUGGUGGCGUUUGGCCACAGAGACUAACCCUAAAGAAAAAGACCCCUGACAAGAUCAAGAAGCUCUCGCAGGCAUGGUGGCAGAAAAUCCGAUGCCUGGUGGGGGAACAGAACUGUGAUCAGCUAACUGCAUGA